GUGAUCGUUUGUGGGAGAUAGCCGCGCAGCCCCGCAGAGAAAGCGCGCGACGGGUAGAUGGGUCGCCACGCCAUCGCGGCGACGACAAACAGUUCAUUGUAGUUUGGUCAGGACGAGUAGGUAAGAAGCGGAGGUAGGGAGAGAGGAAGAGGUAGAGGGAAAGGGAGAGGCUGCGGGGGCGGGGGAAAGGUGGCUGGCCGACUGGCUGGCUGGCUGGCUGGCUGUGUGACGAGCGGCCAAGUAGAAGCGCGCCGUUCCUCCCAAGCAUCAAGGAGUCGGACGCACCAUGGCGUCCGCCACGACCGCCGCAGUGCUCCCGCCGAGAGGCCUCCUACAUUCGUCAUGUUGGCUUGCGCAACCUUCUUCUCCGCAUCUCUCCAAACCGGGUGCAUAUUCGCUGCGCUCGACUUCCACAGCGAGUAGGGCGGUCUCCAGCCAGACAUGGCGCUUUGACGAGCCUGGCAAUCGAAGAUCAAUCUGCUGUGGGAUACAGCUGUGGCAUCGGACGAGGAGGGUGGUGGUAACAGGAGUACGAGGAGGUGGGGUGAUUGUAGGAGGAGCAGCAGUAGGAGGGAGAGCAGGUGGAGGAAGAGGGGCUGGAGGAGUAGGGCUUAGAGCGGUAGUGGGAGAAGUAGGUGUAGGGGUAAGGGCAGCAGGAGUUGGGUCCUGCAAAUUGCAGAGGAGGUUGGCUCAGGACACCCUAAGUGUCUGUCGACUUCUCAAGUCAAGUGAGCGGGGAUCGUCGUCUUUGUUUUUGUCCUCCUCUUCUCCUUCCUCUUCCUCUUCUUCAUCUUUGUCUUCGUCCCUCAGAUUGGACAGUGUGCCGCGAGCUGUGGCAGAGGAUGCACCCCAGACGCUGGCCUCUGUAUCUGAAACUUCGGAAGACGAAGCCGAUGCCAAUGGCGGCACAACGAGUCAGGGAGGAGAGAUUGCUGAUGGUGUCUCUUCUGAGGCCGGGGGGACAGAGAUUGAGCCCACCGAGGCCAGUGGUGAAGUAAGGGAUGGGCCCAGCAGCAGCCCCACUCCUGCUAUAGACGCGAGAAGGAGAGCAAGGGGAGGAGGUAGGCAGCGGCGCACAGUUUCCGUCAAGAUCCAGGAUCUGCAGUUGGGACAAAUACUCCAGGGAACAGUUAAAUCCAUACAAUCUUAUGGUGCAUUUGUGGACAUUGGAUCAUCGACAGAUGGGCUGCUUCACAUCUCUCAGCUCGAGAACUUUUUUGUGAAAGAGGUGCAGGAUGUUGUGGCUGUCGGACAAGAGGUCGCUGUGCGGAUUAUAGAUGUCGACCUAGACAAGGGGAGAAUCAGCCUCAGUAUGAAGGACCCUAAUCAGGUGGAUCAGAGAAGGGACGGAAGCCAAGCUGAAAACUCGGUUCCACGAAGCGAUGAGGCCGAUGGCGCUAUGCCGCAAGCGAGAAAGAUUGCGGGAAGGGGCCGCAAGUCUCCUACGGCCAACAAGGACAAAGCGACACAUAACUUCAAGAAGGGACAGACUGUGAAGGGUGUUGUUAAGAACAUUCUCGCCUAUGGUGCAUUUAACAAUCGCAUCAGCCUCAGCAUGCGGGAGAAAGUUGAUGUCUCGAGGAUAAACACUGAUAUGAAUGUUGGUGAUGAUGAGGCACUCAAGCCUUUCCAGCUAGCAUUCCGACGGGCGAAUCUUAUUCGCGAUAGCUUUCCCUCUCUCAACCCAGAUGCUGAUGCAGCUCCUUCUCUGGCCGAUGAGUUGGAGGUGAAGGAUGCAAAAAGUACAGAAGGGGAGGAAGUGGAUGUGGCUCCGGAAACUGAAGCAGUGGCAGAGCUGGAGGAUGCAGCAGAACCUUCAUCGACUGAUGAAAAUGCACAGCUUGAGAUUGCCGGUGCCGCCGAGGCUAUUGCAGCUGAGUCGCAGGGAGUUGAUGAACUUGCUGCCGCCGAAGAGUUGAAGGUGGAGGAUGCCGUAGAAUCGAUUGCAGUGCCAAUGGAAAUCCCAGACAGUCCGGUCUCUGAGGCCACCGACGACUCGAGUCCAGGUAACGUAAUGGAGAAUGCUGAUGUGAGCGCUGAAGUAGAAGAACCUGAGCCUGUAGCAGACUCAACCCCAGUUAACGUACUGGAGAAUGCUGAUGCGAGCGCUGAAGUAGAUGAACCUGAGCCUGCAGCAGCGGCAGUUUUGGAGCCUGUGGCUGAAGCCGCUGUAGAUUCAACCAUGGUGGAGGUGAAUGAAAGUACUGAUGCCGUGCCUUCCGUUGAACAAUCUCAACCUGCUGUGGCAGAAGCAACAGCAGAGCAAACGGAUUCAACAGAUGUUUCAUCUUCUGUGGCUCUAGCGUCCGAUCUCUCUGCCCAAGCCGAGGAAACGGAGAAACCUUCAACCAGUUCAGAUGUCAAAAUCACUGCGGCCCUCGUGAAGGAAUUGCGAGAAGAGACCGGGGCAGGCAUGAUGGACUGCAAGCGAGCACUUGAGGAGACCAAGGGGGACAAGAGCAAGGCGCAGGAUCUGUUACGAAAGAGGGGCCUUGCGAAGGCUGACAAGAAGGCAGCGAGGAUUGCUGCCGAAGGACUCAUUGUGAGCUACAUCCACGACAACCGUAUCGGUGUUUUGCUGGAGCUCAAUUGUGAGACUGACUUCGUUGCGAGGGGUGAGAAAUUCCGGGAGCUGGCGGACGAAAUUGCAAUGCAGGUGGCAGCUUGCCAACAAGUUAAGUAUGUUGACAUCUCCGAAAUUCCCGAAAGCGUGCUUCACACCGAGCGGUCAAUUGAGAUGGGCAAAGACGAUAUUCAGAACAAGCCAGAGGCGAUACGGGAGAAAAUUGUGGAAGGUCGCGUGACAAAGCGUCUGGGUGAGGUCUGUCUCAUGGAACUGCCGUAUAUCCGCAACGACAAACUGUCGGUGAAGGACCUUGUGAAGCAGGCAGUAGCCACAAUAGGUGAAAACAUCAGGAUACGGCGAUUUGUGCGAUACGAGCGUGGAGAGGGUAUCGAGAAGAAGGCUGUCGACUUUGCACAGGAUGUCGCUGAACAGAUGAAGGCAAUGAGCGGCGCAACAUCGCAAGAAAAUGCGCCAAGUGCUGCACCCCCAGCCCCAGCUCCCGCCGCUGAGGACGCGGAACCUAAUCCUGAAGCGAGCCCUGCUGCAAAACCAGUACCUCUUGCAGUUAUCCAGCAGCUGCGUCAAGAGACCGGCGCUGGAGUAAUGGACUGCAAGAAAGCUGUUGCCGAAGCAGAUGGCGAUGUGGAGAAAGCGAGGGAGUGGCUGAGAAAGAAGGGUCUGGCGAGCGCCGAAAAGAAGGCGAGCCGCACAGCCGCAGAGGGAGUCAUCGCGAGCUACGUUCAUGACUCGAGAAUCGGUGUUGUAGCGGAAAUUAACUGCGAGACGGACUUCGUUGCGCGGGGGGAGAAAUUCCAGGAGCUUGUGGAGGACAUCUGCAUGCAGAUUGCCGCAUCGGCAGAUGUUGUCGCGGUCUCAGUAUCGGAUAUCCCGGAGGAAUUUGUUACGAAGGAGAGGGAAAUCGAAAUGGGGAAAGAGGACAUACUGAGCAAGCCAGAAGCCAUCAGAGGCAAAAUUGUUGAAGGGCGUGUCGCCAAGCGCCUGAACGAACUUGCGUUGCUAGAGCAGCCCUUUAUCCGAAACGACAAGAUCCUGGUGAAGGACUACAUCAAAGAGGCUGUCGCUUUGCUAGGGGAGAAUAUUACCGUAAGGCGGUUUGAGAAGUUUGUCCUCGGGGAGGGUUUGGAGAAGAGGGUGACAGAUUUUGCUGCAGAAGUUGCUGCGCAGGCGGGCGGAGCAGCUUAGGUUAUCUGAGACGUCUCUGUUUCAACUAAUGUCCAAAUUCUUUGUAUUCAGUCAUUCGUAGGUUACCAGUCUGUCGCUUCGCUUUCACUUUCCGCUUGCGCUCGCGCUCCAGAUGGUAGGUUGUAGUCUGGCAGUUGGUAGGUAGCUUCUUCAGAUUGAUCCUCCGCCACCUCUUUUUUAAUCGAGAGAGAUUGUGUUUGUUGCUACUCCGGCUCCUUUUUGACCCGUUGCUUCUUCGGCCGAUGGCCAAUGUGUUCUCUCUCACUUCUCUCUCUUCUUCUGAUGUAUAUUGCCUCUAUGACUUCUCUCUCACUCUUAUGUAUUUUACUA